AUGUUGCUUUCUUUUGCUCAGCGGACGAACACCCUGAAUGCCGGUCCCUACCAUCCGCCGUUGCUGCAAGGGUGCCCACCCGCCAAGCACUUGCAGUUGCAGAAGUGCUUGGUGAUGGGCGAUGAUGAUGAGGAGGAUGACACAUGCCCACUAUGCAUGCAGCCGAUGGACGAGACGGAUAUCUCCUUUUUUCCUUGUUCCUGCAAUUACCAGGUUUGCUUGUUCUGCGUCCACUACAUCAUGGAGCAGAUGAACGGCAAAUGUCCGGCAUGCAGACAGGACUAUGUGGAGUCCGAAUUCAGGUUUGAUGCGAGCCGUGCCCAGUCAUUCCGCGAGAAACGAGCAGAGAAGAAGAAGGGUGGCAGCAAAAAGGAGGAGGUGCCUCGAGAGGAGCAGGAGAAGGACACGCCAGCACAGCAAGCGGAAAAGGCCAAGGGCAGAGGCGGACGCCGUGAUUUGUCAGAGGUUCGUGUUGUGCAGAGGAGCCGGCUUAUGGUGUGGGAAGUUGGUGGGCCUGGCCGCAUCUCUGCCAGAGUCAUGGCUCAGCUGCCUGGUAUGAUCGAGCAAGCGACUCUGUGCACUGACUGUGUUGGAAGAGACACGUGGAUAGCCUGUCCCAAGUUUGUGGGUACGGACAUGCUCACGCAUCUCACAUGUCAAUUAGCCGGACAGAAGUGCAAUGUCGUUGACUGCGACAGCUCCAGUACCAGGCAGGAAAAUGGGGACUAG